AUGGCCUCUCUACUUCGGGGCUACAAUGCCCUCCUCCUGCGGCGGCCCAUGCUGACGCAAUGCGUUACCGCUGGCCUCCUCUUUGGCGCAGGCGACAUUAUCGCCCAGCAAGCUGUGGAAAGGCGGGGAGCGGACCACGAUUUUGCAAGGACAGCACGACUGACGUUCUAUGGCGGCGUAAUGUUUGGCCCCGCAAUGACCAAGUGGUAUCAGCUACUAAACCGGAUUCAAUUCAAGACACCAACUAAGGCGCUUGUUUACCGUGUGUGGUUAGACCAGUGUAUUUUAACGCCAGGAGCGGUAAUCGUGUUCUUUGGCUCAAUGGCGCUGUUAGAGGGAAAGCCUCAUGAGGUGGUACCGAGGAUUGGCGCGGGCUACGUCCCGACAUUACUGCGCAACUGGUCGGUCUUUGUACCGACACAGGUUAUCAAUUUCUGGCUCGUCCCGCCGCAUUUGCGGUUCGUGGUCGUUAGUGUCGUCAGCUUAUUCUGGAAUACAUAUCUGAGUAUCGCGAAUUCGAGGGCAAAGGAACAGGCAGAAGAGUAUAUCGAAGAGAAUAAAGUCGCCAAGAAAGUAUAG